GGGGGCUGGGGCCGGGCCAGGGCAGUGCCUGCCUGCCUGCCAGAGUCGCCACCGCAGCCCGAGGCCAUGGCGCAGCCGCCCUCGCCCUGGGGCUACGAGAGCCACAACGGCCCGGCGCGCUGGCACGAGCAGUACCCGGUGGCGCGCGGCGAGCGGCAGUCCCCGGUGGAGAUCCGAAGCGAGGAGGUGCAGCACGACCCCGCGCUGCCGCCCUGGUUCGCCAGCUACGACCCGGGCGCGGCCAAGAGCAUCCUCAACAACGGGCGCACCUGCCGCGUGGUCUUCGACGACACCUUCGACCGCUCAGUGCUAAGAGGUGGGCCAGUCCAAGGAGCCUACAGGCUACGCCAGCUUCAUUUUCACUGGGGUUCUUCUGAUGAUCAUGGCUCGGAGCAUAUUAUUGAUGGAGUGAAACAUGCAGCAGAGCUUCACAUGGUGCACUGGAAUCCAAAACAUGGUAAUUUUGCUGGAGCUUUGAAACAACGUGAUGGAGUAGCUGUGGUGGGCAUUUUUCUGCAAGUGGGGAAUACGCCCAAACCAGAGCUGAAGAGAAUUCUUGAAGACAUAGAUACUGUUAAGACAAAGGGGAAAGAGGCUCCUUUCCAUCACUUUGAUCCAUCAAUCCUUUUCCCCAAGUCUCGGGACUACUGGACCUAUGAGGGCUCCUUCACUACACCUCCUUGUGAAGAGUGUAUCACCUGGAUUCUUCUAAGGGAGCCUAUUGUUGUCAGCCCAGAUCAGAAAUCAUGAAGUGCAAGCAGCUGUCAAAGGACCACUCUCAAAGCCUGGAAAUGAUAGGAAACAGUGUGUAUCCUGACUGCUUAUCCCCAUUCCUCUAUUGUCAAGACUUCUAAGAGCAGACCCAAAAUUGACCAGCUCAUCUCAUUUUCAAGGUUUCCAAAAGUACUGGAAAACUGUGGGAACUAUCAGUCUGGGGGCUGCUAAUCUCACUGCACUGUAUACUUAACAAGCAUUGCUGAAGUUGGAAAAAGUACCUACAAGUACAUGUAAUAGGUUUUGGUUUUGGUUUUGGUUGGGGGGGGGGCGUUGGGAGGAGAGCAGUGGUGGUCCUGAGGCUAUGCAUUCUGUUUUAACAAUACAGUACACUGUGUUCUUGUCAGCCUCCAACACACUGGAUCAAGGUCAGACAUAAAGCUGUACCUUGGUAGAGAAGAGUUGCCAAUCUGCUGGAAUUUCAGAGCAGUCACAUCCGGAGCUUAUAAAAGCAAACAGCUUAGAUCAGCCUCUCAUUCCUGGAUUAUUCAGAGUCAGUGUGUGCCAGAAUGUAUUAAACCAGAUAGCCUAGCUAGAUUUUCACCACUAAAUAGAGAUUUAGAUUACAAUGUGCAUGUCGUACAAAGAAAUCCCCAUGACAAAAGUUUAAUAGUCACCUAUUCACAGAGAUCAGGCAGUUCAAUCUAUUAUUGUAUCUGAAAGCUGUGUUUUAAAAAGACAGAAAACUUGUGCUGCAGAAGCUCUAUAGAAUUGAUUAGCAAACUACGCAGUAUCCUAGAUAUUAAGUAAUGAAAGUAGUGGCCUAAAAUUUUGACCUACAGCAUAACUCCAAUGGGAUUUUGCAAGUCUUUUGCUGUGUGCGCUGCUGAAGGCGUGUUGCUGUACUGUACUUCUAAUGAAUCAAAAAAGUUGUAAAAAGGUAUAUUGUAGCUUUGCUUUUGGAUGAUGAUUCAGCACUCAUGGGGAAAGGUAAUAUGCCAACCACUGGAAGGCGGGAAACGGAGAGGGAGGGCCCUGUGGUGUCUUGCCUGCACACCUUUCCACACUCUGAAGGCAGCUGCAGUUGUAGCAGUGUGGGCUGACUGCAGCAGCUUUGCAAUGCGGGCUCCCCGGAAGCUGCCCUGUUUGUUUCUUCCUCACGCUCCCCCAGUUAUGCUGUUGGACACAAAGCUAUGAAUGCUGUGGCAAAGACUCCCUGGGGAGAGUGCCAUUUUACUCGCCUCACUCACCCUCCUAUCCCCAGAAACACUGCUGGGUGUGAGGCUGCACCUGUCCAGCUGCUAUGGCCAGACUUUGUACUUCUCGUGGCAUGGACACCAGGGGAAGGGAGGUGAGGGGCAUCCUAGUGCUCCCUUAGAGCUGGUGCCCCAGCUCUCCCACUGGAUUCUGCUCUUGCUCUUAUGUCCAGUAAAGAAAAUGUGGUAAAUCUGUAUGUUGUGAAACAGCAAAACUUAUCGGUAUAUACUGAGCUUUUUGUUUUGUCAAAUCUUCCUGAAAGGAUUUGGGCAUUGAUGGAAUUUCUAUGCGUGUCUACUAUGCUUUUUAUAUCCUACAUGCAUCAAGUUUUUGGUUGUGAUAUGCCCCUUGGACUACAGAAAUACUACAACAUUUUGUAAUCUCAGUACUCUACUCUGUACCCUGUUGUGCUUCCUUCUCUCUUCUCUUUCUACUAGAGGUAUUUUAUAUUUUUAUUUACAGUUAGUAUUUUAUUAUUAUAACUACACUAGAAAAUACAGGGUUACAUUCUGCAUGGUAGUACAGCUACUUUGCACCACAACUCUAAAAUAGUAGCUUUAAAAUCAGUGUGGCUGGUCAUGAAAAGUUCACCCCACUGUAAAUGUAUUCUUGAAUGGUACAUGGCCUCUGCUUGAUGCAUAAGAGGAUAUGGCUAAGCCAGUCUCACCUGCCUUGUUGUGGCCUGGAGACUAUUGGCAAUUUAGUUUAGCCUUUGGCCUGCUAAAGAAUUGAACCAGAAUACACCAGAUACAUGACAGGGGGGAGAGUAAAGACUUUUAGAGCCACUUCUGCACUCCUUCCUCUUCUCUACGGUGUGUUGCUCUUUACAGCCAGAGACCUGGACUGCAAUUCAAAUUCUGUCAAAUCUUGCACAAUUUGUUGUUGUUGUUCUUUUUCUUUUAAUUAAAAAAAAAUGUAUGUCACCCUUCCUCAGAAGGCUCAGGGCAGCUUACAAUCAAAGACAAAAUAACUUAUAAAAACAGAAUAAAAUAUUAAAAGAUAAUAUAAAAAAAACAAACUCCCCAAACAAUACCCAGAAUUUCAAAUGUUCAGUCCUAGCCACUCUCACUCCCCUGAUCAAUGGCCCCAAGGACUUCUGUAAAGCUAUUUGUAUGACUAAGAUAUGUAGGAUUUUCUUGUUGCAACUCUGCUGGAGGAGAAAAUUGCAUGUGGCCUGAAAAUCCAUUGGCAAGUCUCAUAUCCACGCAAUGUUAAUUAGUGCUGGCUCUUUUAUUUGAAACUUUA